GAACAAUGUCCGCGGAGGUAUCAGAUGAAAGCUUGUUUCCUAUCGCAAUUCUAAUCGAUGAGCUGCGAAAUGACGAUAUGCAGACUAGACUGGCUAGUGUAAAGAAGCUCACUACGAUAUCGCUUGCCUUGGGCCCAGAGCGAACAAGAAAUGAACUGAUACCUUUCCUCGCAGACAUCAUCUACGACGAAGAUGAGGUGUUACGUGAGAUGGCGCAACAGCUGGCAGAGUUUGUUCCGUUGGUCGGUGGUCCCGAAUACGUUUAUUGCCUCCUCCCUCCUUUGGAGGGCUUGGCCUCCGUUGAAGAGACAGUUGUCCGAGAGAAGGCCAUUGAGACACUGCGUGCGCUCGCACCGAGCUUCUCCCCCAAAGAUCUUGGGGCACAUUUUCUACCUCUAGUCAAGCGACUUGCCACUGGCGAAUGGUUCACUAGUCGAACUUCCGCCUGUGGACUUUUUAGUGUUAUUUAUCGUCAUUCGCCCAAUGCCGUACGAACAGACCUGAGGCAGACAUUCAGGCAACUUUGCAACGACGACACACCCAUGGUUAGACGUGCAGCAGCUAGCCGGCUUGGUGAGUUCGCUCGAUGUUUGGAACCAGACGCACUGCGUGCUGACCUUCUGCCACUUUUGCCGCAAUUAGCCCAACAAGAUGACCAAGAUUCAGUUCGUCUUCUGGGUGUGAACGCCUCAGUUGAGUUUGCUGAGGUGCUGUCUGUGGAAGACAUUUUAAACCACAUCAUCCCGGUCGUGCGUGGCGCGGCAGAGGACAAGUCUUGGCGUGUACGUUACCAGCUUGCCGACCAUAUAACCGACCUGCAAGCUGCCGUCAAACCUCAAAUUACCGUUCAGCAUCUGGUUGAUGUAUACGAACAUUUGCUCAAAGAUCCGGAGGGUGAAGUGCGUGCGGCGGCUGCAGGCAAACUGAAAACGUUUGCCGCAACCUUACCAUCAGAGAGUCGCGAGACAAUCAUUAUGAAGAACAUCUUGCCAAUCAUACGUGAUAUGGUUGGAGAAACCAACCUGCAGGUGAAGACUGCCCUUGCCGGUGUGAUGAUGGCCUUGGCUCCGCUGCUUGGAAAACAGAACACAAUGGAACACUUAUUGCCACUGUUUCUGACGCAACUAAAAGAUGAAAAUCCUGAUGUUCGUUUGAAUAUUAUCUCCAAUCUGGAAUGUGUGAAUCAAAUCAUGGGCAUCACACAGCUGAGUCAAAGUCUCCUGCCGGCAAUCGUCGAAUUGGCUAGCGAUGCAAAAUGGCGAGUCCGGUUGGCAAUAAUUGAGUAUAUGCCCCUGUUGGCGAGUCAGUUAGGACUGCAAUGUUUCAACGAGCGUUUGACCAAUUUGUGCCUCAACUGGCUCGUAGAUGACGUAUAUGCGGUGCGAGAAGCGGCAGUGACCAACCUGCGCAAGUUAAUGGAUCAGUUUGGGAUUGAAUGGGCUUCUACACAAGUCAUUCCUAGACCUGACCACUAUUCUGCUCUUCACCCGAACUUUCUGCUAUCCAUUUUUCAGCUCAUUCAAUUAGCACAUGAUCAAAACUACCUUCGUCGCAUGAUUUGUCUAGCAUCAUUGCAAGAACUUGGUGAAGCAGAAUCUUGUCGAUCAGAGUUGUUGCACAAGCACUUGUUACCGACCAUUAUUCAGCUGGUUCAUGAUCCUGUGCCAAAUGUGCGGUUCAAGGUUCGUUUGAAUAUUAUCUCCAAUCUGGAAUGUGUGAAUCAAAUCAUGGGCAUCACACAGCUGAGUCAAAGUCUCCUGCCGGCAAUCGUCGAAUUGGCUAGCGAUGCAAAAUGGCGAGUCCGGUUGGCAAUAAUUGAGUAUAUGCCCCUGUUGGCGAGUCAGUUAGGACUGCAAUGUUUCAACGAGCGUUUGACCAAUUUGUGCCUCAACUGGCUCGUAGAUGACGUAUAUGCGGUGCGAGAAGCGGCAGUGACCAACCUGCGCAAGUUAAUGGAUCAGUUUGGGAUUGAAUGGGCUUCUACACAAGUCAUUCCUAGACCUGACCACUAUUCUGCUCUUCACCCGAACUUUCUGCUAUCCAUUUUUCAGCUCAUUCAAUUAGCACAUGAUCAAAACUACCUUCGUCGCAUGAUUUGUCUAGCAUCAUUGCAAGAACUUGGUGAAGCAGAAUCUUGUCGAUCAGAGUUGUUGCACAAGCACUUGUUACCGACCAUUAUUCAGCUGGUUCAUGAUCCUGUGCCAAAUGUGCGGUUCAAGGUUUGUCAGAUACUCGGCAAACUUGGACACCUGCUAGACUCGAAUGCCAUCCAGACUUUUGUGAAACCUUCACUAGAAAUGCUGGGUGCCGAUGGGGAUCCCGAUGUAUCUUAUUUUGCCAAGGAGUCGUGUGAGCUGUUGCGCCUAGCCUCUCGAUGA